CGCCAUUGGAAGUUGGGGCUGGGCUGUAGCAGAUUGGUGCUUGUUUACGUUCGCAAGCGAGUUGAGGCUUACAUGGGAAAUUCUUUACGGGAGAGACAUUUAUAAUGAAGCUGUGCGACGCUUAGCUGCCGGCUCAGCUAUUUAAGCUGGUAUGCAUAAUGUAUUUUAAAGCUUGACGCCAUCAGAAGAACGCCGAUACCCGGAGCUUCGAUCUGCCAAAUCCACAAUCCGGAUUGUUGUGCAGGUGUUAGAAAUGUUCUCAACUCAGAAGACAGUGCAUCAUUUACCUAAUGAAAUACUGGAGAAAAUAUUUUCCCACUUGUCAGUUUAUGAGCUGGCUCGAGCUGCAAAUGUAUGCAGGCGCUGGGCAGAAUUGCUCCAGGACACAAGACUGUGGAAAGGGAAGAGAUACGAUGUUGAGGAAAUUGAGAAAAAGGAUGACAUUUUAUUAGUUGCAGGGGUCUGGCCUGCAUUAAUUUAUCUUAAUCUUGUUAAAGGAGAUCGUUUCAGGAUGUCAUUGAAUGUGGCUGGGGCAUCUGUUGAGCUUCCAAACUUGACAGACAAGACAAUACAUUCCAUAGUUGGUACCCUUAUGACAAAAACUUUGUCAGUUGAUGUUCGCCUUCUUGAUGAAGGGCUAGAGAAUUGUCUUGCAGUUCAGACUCAGAAUUUACUUAGGCUUUCAGUGACAAUACCUCCUGGUCCAUUGAACCGAGACAUGAUCAAGCGUACAGAGUCCAGCUUGAAAGCAUUGGCUCACACAUUUUCCAUAGGCGCUGUUCCAUCUCUUCGCUCUUUGCGAAUUAGUAGUGAGAGUGCAGCAGAUGCUAAGUAUGACAGCUGUGCUGGUAGUGAGGUUAUUCUGUCAUUGAGAUCAUGUCCAGAACUCAAGCAGCUAAGAAUCUCUGGAUGUACUUGUGUGUCUUGGAAAAUGGUUGGUCGCAGAGACGAGUUACGUGUUUUGUCUGUUGUUCAUUCAAAAAUGAAGGAAUUCUUAAUCCAUGAGCAAUGUCAAAAUUUGAGAGAUAUCACACUUGAGCAUUGCCCCUUCUUGAAAAAAAUACAGUUCUGGGCUAAGCACCAUAGUUUGAAUUUGCAGUCGCUGCGCAUCUGCAACACCAGCAUAAAUUCAGAGGCGCUGGAGUAUGUGUGUAAAGCUGCACCUGGGCUUGACGUACUUGUUAUUCAGUCUUGCCCUAAAAUAACAUUUACAUCAUUUGUUCGCCAUUGCUUCAAUCUGCAACAUUUUGAACUGAGCAAAUGGUCACCCGACGAGAAGUAUUUCUAUUUUGACCUUGCUCUGCUACCCUCAGGUCUGCGACAUCUGUCGAUGAUGAAUACAACAGUGCGUGAGGAACAUAUGGAUCAUAUUUUGAAGCGACUGCCAAUGCUAGAAACACUCAAUCUGGGUGGUUGUGUGUGUAUAUCAUCUGUAUCUUUUCUUGAGCACUGCCCAGAGUUAGUUGACUUGAAUCUGUCUGGCUUGUGCCAAGUCCCAGCUACAUCAUUUUCUGUUCUGGCAGAGUUGAGGAAACUGAGAAACCUCAAUCUUCGAAACUGUUCUCUCAGCAGUAAUCUCUUGUGUGGCAUACUACAGAAGAUGCCAAACCUAAAGAAACUAGAUCUCUCUUGCAUACAAACAAUUGGUGACUUGUUUUUUGUCACAAAAUGCCACAGCUUGCGCUGUUUGAACAUGUCUCAUUGCCCUCGUCUCUCACCAGACAUCACAGAGUUGCGGCAACUGACUGAUGUAAGGACAUUGCGCAUCUAUGGAGUGCCAGGUCGCCCAUUCAUAACAGACCUUGAGAGAGACAUCCACAACAACUAAUCCAGUAAUCUGUGACUGUGAUGAGUUCUACAUGUGAAGAAAUCAGUUAACAGAUGUGUGUUUCAUUCUAUCUGUGUGUGUGUGUGUGUGUGUGUGUGUGUGUGUGUGUGUGUGUGUGUGUGAGAGACAGAGAGAGAGAGAGAGAGAGAGAGAGAGAGAGAGAGAGAGAGAGUGUGUGUGUGAGUGAGUGCGUGCGUGGGUGUGGGUGUGUUCGCAUGUCGUGAUGGCAUCUGUGCCUAAUGUGUCAUAUCUAUAUUACUGAAAUGUAGUUUCUCUGCAAUAUUUUGUUUCCUAUUUGUGAUAUCAUAAUUUAUAAUCUUAUUUUACCUGUUACAGUAUUAAAAAUGGACUAUUCACUGUAUGUGUUAAGUAUUGUGUAAAACUGAUUACAGUGAAAAGUGCAACAGCAAGGAAUUUAUUAGAUAACACAUUAGUGAAGGUAUUUAGUACCUGCACUACAACAUGGUACAAAUUUUAUUUUAUGUGUUACGGUACAAAUUUUGUGUUACAUAUUUACAAAGUUAUCAUUUCUUUGUGGUUGAACAAUAUUCACCAUAAUUUGAAACGUGAUUUUGCAUGUUGAAAUUUAUUAAUGUUGAUUUACAUUCCAACUAUUACAAGGUAUGGAAAACAUAUUGCUUCUGUUCAGUUUCCAUGAUUCAGCCCAGAAUAUGUCUAGAUGUUUCUCCUGAUUGUAAGUCUUUCAAGCCCACCAAGAGUUAUGGGCUACUUGAGAUGCACAGCCACACUGUCAUAUGGAUGAAGGGACCCACACUGAUACCAAAUGGAUAUUUCAGACAAUGUUAAAUACUUUGUGUUCUUUUGUACUAUGUAGUCCAGGAAAGAGAAAUUUUCUGAGAUUCGGUAAACACAUGGAUGCACAUGAAGAUUUAUCAAAACCUCUAGAAGACUGGUAUGUCAAAUGUUUAUUCUGAAGGAAUUAACAAGUCUAAGUUACUAGCAAAUGUUGUAUGCUUUAUUCUGAUAAUUUUCCCUGGUAUGCCAGUAGACAAAAGUUUGAAAAUGCAAGUUUAGGUAGAAUACAAAAAAUUAUGACACACUGAAAGUAAUAACUGGUUUUAAGCUCAUCAGCAUCAUAGAGCAAACUCUGAAUAUGGAGGUCUUUAUUUAAGAAAACAGUUUUUUUAGAUUUGGAAGGGUGGUGGAAUGUGUGUGUGUGUGUG